AUGGCGUGGGUAUGCGACGUAUGCGGGAUCGAGGGGGAGCACAUGACGAGCGCGAGCUCUCGAUGCGGGCGAGGGAACCUGCCCAGAGUCAACAACCUCUGCUCCUUGCGCGGCAUGUCCGCGAUAGUUGGGCACCUGCUGGACUAUCACGCCCAUUGGACCGUCGGGCUCAACUGCUGCAUCUGUGUCGACCGCCCUGACGCGUCGACGUGCCAGCCCUGCCGACGGAGGCGAGCGAUGGCGAAGCACAUGAUUUCUCAGCUUGUCCAGCUGAAGGAGCUGCAAGACGUGGAUGGGUGCAUGCGGGUGCUCGACACUUACCAGGUUCGCCUGCUGCCGACCUACAAGCCGUUGAUGGACAGGAUGCGAGUGAACCUGGCGAUAGACAAGAACUCCAACAUGGAGCUCAUGACGAAGCACCUGAUCUCGAUGAUCUCAAACUCCUCCCUCGAUGCUCGAUGUACGGACAAGACAAGGCCAUGGCUGAGCGUCCCAUUCUUCCUCUGCGCUCAACAAGUCCACCAGCACUUUAUCGAGUUCGUGCAGGUCCACCACAUCAGCAGCAUCGACCUGUCGGACAACCCGAGGAUAGAGUGGUUCCCAGCUCUUGAGCUUCUCUCCUCCACACAAGUCCAGCUGAUCAAGUGCAGUAACUGUCCCCAGCUGAUCACCCCGCCCAUGGAGAUCGCCAACCAGGGUUCGACGGUGACAAUGAAGUUCCUGAGGGAGCUGCUGGAGCAGCAGGAGCUGAACGAGACCAUCCACCUGUCUGUCAUCGGGGAAGGAGAGGCAGGGAAGACCAGCCUGCUGCAAGCUCUGCAGGACACGGAGAACGAUCGCUCGCCCGAGAUCCCGAUAGACACGCGGACAGUAGGAGUUGACAUCACGAGGUGGGAUGUGAAGGAUGAGCACCUGCAGUUCCUGUGCUACGACCUCGGGGGACAGAAGGUGUACAUGACAACCCAUCAGUACUUCGUGACGAGGCGAUCGCUCAACAUCAUCGUAUGGAAGCCCGUGCGAACAGAAGAAGAAUCUCGAGACAUAUCGGGGGUAUGUCAGAGUAUAGUUGACUGGUUGGACCUGUUGCAGUGCAAGGUGCCAGGCGCUACCAUCCUCCUGGUAGUCACUCACUCCGACAGCGUCUCGACCUCUCAGCUUGACUCGCAGUGCGCUGCCGUCAAGGCGACAGUGCAGGAGCGACUGAAGCUGCAGCAUCGUAUCGCCUCCGAGGAGACUCCGCCCUUGGACGUGCUGAACUUGAGCGAGAGCUUCGGGGUGGACAGUAUCAGCGGCAAGGGUAUCCCACAGCUCCGCCAGCUGCUCGUUGACCUGGCUCUCUCCUCCAAGUGGUACCACGAGCCCCUUCCCAGGUCCUGGCUGUCCCUCAUCGCAAGCGUCCGAGCUCGCAGCCAGCUGACGCCCUGGCUGAGCAUCGGGGAGUUCGUGGAGAUGGUGAAGGAGCAGGAGAUCGAUCCAGCGAUGACCCGAGCAGUGACUGUGUUUCUGCAUGAAACGUCAGUCCUGCGGUACUUUGGCAGGAUUGGGAAGGCAGGGGCAGGAGCGAGUUUUUCCAUGGCAGCGCCUUCGGAGACUUCGAUCUCUGUGAACGGAGGAGAGGAAAGGGAGACAGGGCUGUGCUGGGAGAUCCGACGGUUGUCGUCUGCUGACAACACGCAGAGCACGCUGUCAGAUACAGUCUUCAUCAGCAUCCCCUGGAUGGUCAGCGUCUUCAAGGGUCUGAUCCGCCAUGAGCACGAUGCGAUGCUGUCAUACUUUCAUCGCCACAACCUCCGCGAGCUCCUUCACCAUGGGCAGCGGCUGCGCGUCUACGGCAGCCUGCAUCGCUCGCUGGCUCCUUUCCUAUGGCCGAGGAGGAGUCGCUACUGGGAAGAGAUCAUGGGGGCGAGAGCUGCGGGGGAAGGAGAAGAGCCGACGUGCUAUGAGAACGAGAGGCGAAUAUGGGAGGGCGAGAAGGACGGGGUGGUGAUAGGAGGAGCAGAAGAUGAGCUGAGAGCGUUUGCUCUGCUGACAGGGUUUCAGCUUGUUUCUCAGGUCAGCCACAUGGAGUUCUUGGUCCCUGACCUGCUGGCACCCCAGCAGAGGAUGGCAGUUGACGCUUCCGCGUUUUCUCUGCAAGACUCUCCUUUCUGGGCGGAGAUGACCUUCUUUGACCUUCCUGCGGGAUUUCUCCGAGAGAUGCUCAUACGUUACAGGGCAGAGGCGCAUCAUGCGGAUGUCAGCAAGCACGUCGCAGCGUUCUACAGCUUCGGGACGAUGCUUCAGCUGUUCGUGGUCCAAGGGACCGGUCAGAGGAGACGGUCCAGCGAGCUGCUGGGGCUGGACAACGUGUCAAGCAAGACCAAGUCGCUGUCGGUGUUCAGUCUCAACAAGGACUCGGUGCUGUGCGAGAGAUUUACUGAACGACCUCUGACGACAGCGAUGCAUGUGUUGGUCGGAUCGGUUGUUUUCUUCCUCUUCUUCUGCCCCAUCGUCGGCAUUCUGAUCCUACUCCUCUUGUGCCUCCUCCCCCUCUUGCUCGUUUACUACCUCGUCAAACGGUGCAGAGCCCCUACAACUACUCGCAUCGAUGCCUUGGAGGAAGUGAGCGCAGAGGUAGAUUCAAACCUGAUCAGUCUCAACACCGUCAAGAUUGUUCUGCGAGCAAGCAACUUCAAGAAGUUGAAGUAUGCUGUGAAUGAGUUGGAUCUUGUCAUAGAUCGCUUCCCGGGGAUCAAGGUUUGGCAGAGGAGUAUGAUAUCGCCGGAGGAACAAGCUAGAGUGUUCCAGGCUUCGCACAUCGUCUUGCUCUCAGCAAGCUUCGAUGAAGAAGCAAGUCUGCACUGUCUGCACAAGGACAACGACUCUCCUUCUGCCAGGCUGUCAAGAUUCAUGAUCGAAAGAUUUCCCCAUGACCUGACGUUUGAAAUCUGCUUCGGAAAGAGCAGGACAUGCAGAGAAACGUCAGCUCGACUCGUUCUGCUCUUCUUCGAUCGGCACAUGCAGCAUAGCAGCAACUCCUCUCUCAGCUACUUCUCGAGCACUAGGAAGAGAAGGGAGCUCGUCCUCGCAAAGUUGAGGAGAUUUAAAGGUUCAGGUUGCGAAAUCAUCCCGAUACUCGUCGAAGGGUACAAUCCCAAGUCCUACACGUCAUGGUGGCCAGAAGAUCUUCCUGAGAUGUCGCGGCAUGCUAUCUUCGUCGACUUUCGUGUCUCCCAUCAGUGGAACGACAAGUUCUCGUCGGAGCUGAUGCCGCAAGUUCGCAAGUACCUCGAGGAAUGGAGGGGUCGCUCCCCCAUCACCCUCGACCUCGAGAAAUCUUCUAAGGUCCCCUGCCCGUCCUGCCGCCUCUUCGCAGACCUCAAGUGUCACUCGUACCCGAGGAAGCCGCUCGAAGAGCAGCUGGCAGCGCAGACGUCGCAGCUGCAGGACGGGAGGGAAGGGGAGGAGAGCAGCUUGCGGGUCUGCGCCAACGGUCACAGGCACAGCCUGAUAGAGAUCCUAUCGCAGGAGCUGGUACGGGAGGCUAUUCCUUGCCCGCAGUGCGUUUUCAAGGGACGAGCUCCUCCCUUCUGCUUCGAGCGAGAGCGAUGCCUGCUCUUCUUUUCGGAGGAGAACAGAAACAGGGUGGGAGCUCUGUUCUGCGAGUACUGUAACAACAACGGUGACAACCCCAACAUCCGCGUCCUUGACAUCAUGCCGCCGUCAGUGUUCUGUUCUUACAACUGGGGGUAUGAGAACAGAACUCAACAGCUUGUGAGGAGCUUUGUGAAGCAAGUUGAGCUGAGUACGCGCGUGUUCUGCUGGCUGGACAUAGCGGGAGGGAUAGGAGGAGGCCAAGAUCACUUACAAGCGAUGCAGGAAGGAGUUCGAAGAGCUAAGAUCUUCCUGCUCUUCCUCACAGAUCAAUACUGCAAAUCGAUCAACUGUAAGUUUGAAUUCUGUCAAGCAGUCAAGACAGGGAAAUACAUCAUUCCCGUCUUGCUGCCUGAGUUUUCAUGGACGUCCCACAACAACCAAGGAGUCGAGUACUACCAACAUGCCGCUCAGGCUAGCGAAGAUGCAAACACAGCUCAACAAGGUUUUGAGGUUCCAUGGAGAGCGUUGAAAAGAUUUGUUCCUGUUCCAGUGAGUCCAGAACACAUCAGUGAUGGUUAUUUGCUCCAAGAUUCUGAGCCACAUUUUGAAAUUCUGAGGAGAAUUUUGAGCAGGAUGUAUAGAGAAUGA